CGCGUCGGCGUCUUUUUCCUGUCACUCUUAGCGUUUUCGAACGUUGUUGUUUACCGGGUGCAAAUUGUUCCACAAAUACGCCAAAAAAUGGCCUACAAACCGCAGAAAGUGCAAAAGGUGAUGGUCCAACCGAUCAACCUGAUCUUCAGAUACCUCCAAAACAGGUCCAGAGUGCAGGUGUGGCUUUAUGAGAACGUGAAUCUCAGAAUCGAGGGUCACAUUGUCGGAUUCGAUGAGUACAUGAAUUUGGUUUUGGACGACGCAGAGGAGUAUUACAUGAAAACGAAGAAUAGAAGACAGCUGGGUAGAAUAAUGCUUAAAGGCGACAACAUUACAUUGAUACAAAAUGUACCUGAUGCCUCCAAUUGAUGAAACUAACCUCAUUGUUUUCUUAAACUUAACCAUGGACUGUGAAUUAUUUUCUUAAUUUAAGUGCAAAUGUGAAUGGACGGAAUUAAGUUGUUUUUUUACAACAAAUUGGAUACCGUUAAGUUAAAUAAAUAUUUUCUAAGA